GUGGUGGGUGGGAAUGGCUGUGUGCUGGCCAAUCGGGUGGCGAACUUGCGGUGGCCUGACGGCGGCGCGAGCUCGAGGGGCCGGAUGUUGGCGGUUGUUCUCCGGGCGGUUGUGUGUGGGCGCGGCUGUGGGGUACCGACUGCCGCCCGGAUAUGUAGCAGGCGGAGCUACUGCAGUGCAGACAGUGAUGGUGCCAAAACACAAGAGCUUAAGAUUCCCAAGAUCUACACAAAAACAGGAGACAAAGGGUUUUCCACCAUCUUCACUGGAGAGCGCAGGCGAAAGGAUGAUAUUAUAUUUGAAGCUUUGGGCAGUACAGAUGAAUUGACGUCUGCCAUUGGGUAAUUAACUUAAUAUCUUACAGAAUA